GCACAAAGCGCCGGAAGCAAGUGCAAUAUGAACGGCGUGAACCGCCACAUUGGCGCGCGUAUGAAGGCGGCGACGAACGCGACGACCAAGCCGGUUGUGCCCGGUCGGCGCGUGCCCAGCAAGAAGCCGCUUUUAGCUUUGCAGCAGUAUGAAACCGGAUACAACGAGCAUCAAAUUGAUGGUGGCGGAGCCAAGCCGCUGCGCAUGAAGUCGCUGCGUCAGCUUUUGUCGCCGCGCCGGGGGGGCGUCCGCGAGUCCUUCUCGCAUCUCAACACCAAGCUGCGCGACUCGCGCACGUAUGUGCUCGACCCCAAGAGCGCCCGCAGCAUUCAGUGGGAUAUCUUUAUGGCGUGUUUAAUUGCGUACAGCAGCAUCACGGUGCCGUUGUAUGUGGGCUUUCCAGGCUUUCAAGUCACGAGUCAUUGGACGUCUGUGGACGAUACCAUUGACGUGUGUUUCGGCAUUGACAUUGUGCGCAACUUUCUCAUGGGCUUUUACGACGAGCAAGACCUGCUCGUCGUCGACGUCAAGCAGAUUGCCAAGAACUAUGCGCGGACGUGGUUCCUUCUCGAUUUGGUUUCGACGUUUCCGCUCGAAGCCGCCGUGAAGCUCUUCAACCCGUCCGUGGUCGCCAACGGGCACUCGCUCGCGUCCGUCCAGCUCCUCCGCAUUCUGCGCGUGACGCGCAUCCUCAAGCUCGCACGCCUUGCCAAGCUGCGCGUCUUCUUCAAGCGCGUCGAAGAAACGUUUGGGGUCAACCCCGGUGUCGUUCGCCUCGCGCGGCUCAUCUGUGUCGUGCUCUUCCUCGCCCAUGUCCUCGCCUGUAUGUUUCACUGGAUCGGGCAGCCGCACGACCCGACAAUCGCCACUUCGACCCUGCGAGCGCUUCGCAUCGCGACAGCGGCCUUGCCGUCAACGUACAACCCCAACUCGACGUGGCUUGUCGAAAGCGGGACUCGAGCCCGGUCCGAUAGCAUCCGGUACCUCUACUCGCUCUACUGGGUCAUCAUGACCUUGACGGGCGUCGGGUACGGCGACAUCUUCGCAGUCUCGGUCUCCGAGCGCGUGUUUGCGAUCUUUGCGAUGAUGAUUGGCGCGUCCGUCUUCGGCUUUGUCAUUGGCAACAUCUCGUCGCUCCUCGAGUCGAUGGACACGCGCGCCGCCGUGUACCAGCUCAAGAUGGCGCUGGUGAAAGACUACAUCCGUACGCACAAGUUGCCAAAGGACCUGCGCACCAAGCUCUCUCGGUACUUUGAGCACUACCUCGCGCGCGCGUCGCUCUUUGACGAGUCGUCGAUUCUGAGCGAAAUCCCGCUGAGUCUCCGGAACGAGAUUGUGCAUUUUACGUGCCGCGACAUAUUUCUGAUUCCAGCGUUCGCGUCCAUCAACGCGCAGUUUGUGAUGGACAUGGCCAUUUGCAUCAAGCCGCUCUUCCUCCUCGCCAAGACCGUGAUUGCAAAGGAGCGCACGGUCGGCCGUGAAAUGUACUUUCUCAACUCGGGCAUUGUCGCGGCCUCCAACGCGACCGUGUACGGCAAGAUGGUGCUCAUCGAAGUACUCACUGAGAACGCGUACUUUGGCGACCCGCCGCUGCUGUUUUACACGCUGCGUGAAAACACUUUUACGUGCUUGACCAACUGCGAGAUGUAUACGCUCGCCAAAGACGACUUUGACGUGCUCCUCGAAGAAUACCCCGACACGGAGACCAUUCUCGUGCAGCACUACCAUGCGCGCAAAGCCAAGUACAACGAGACGCUGAGCACGAUGCUCCAGCGCUUCAAGAUGUACGAAACCUUCAAAGACGAUGUGACCAAGGUCCACCGGCUCGAAGACUUUUGGCCUAACUUGCGCAUUUCGCUCAACGGAAAGCUCACGACGAUCGAGCAAUUCCCCAUCGUCGUGCUCAAGCUCAUCACGCACUACAUCAACCCCCGCGGCGUCUCGCUCUUCAACUCGACGUUCGCCAAGCGUGUCGUCCUGGACGGUCUCAAGCCAAAGUACGCGACCGCAUACACGUCGCCAGGCACGUUGCGUGCGAUCAUCCAGCCCUCGGACCCGCGAAAGCUGCGAUGGGACAUCUUCUUGGGUGUCCUCAUCAUGUACAACGUCAUGAAUAUUCCAUUUCAAUUUACGUUCCAAGGCGGGUUUGUGGGUGACGACACGCGCUCUCCAAGCGUCAUUGUGUUUGACUACAUUGUCGACGUCCUCUUUGGCAUCGAUAUGGUGCUCACGUUUCGCACGGCGUACAUUGACGACGACGGCCAAGUCGAAGCGAGUCCAAAGUACAUUGCGACUCGGUAUCUGGCCUGGUGGUUUUGGAUCGACUGGAUCUCGACAUUCCCCUUUGCUCUGAUCGCCGACGCCGUGACGUCGACCGGCCCGUUCCAGAACCUCAAGCUCAUUCGCUUUGUGCGCCUCACGCGGCUCCUCAAGCUCAUGCGCCUCCUCAAGCUCAAUCGGUCGGUCACCACGAUUGAGAACAUGCUCGACCUCAACCCGGCCGUGCUCAGCCUCGUCAAGCUCUUCAUUCAGGUGUGCUUCAUCGCCCACUGGUCGAGCUGUGCGUUCUAUUUUGUGGGUCAAAUCUCCGAGACGUACUAUGGCGACUCGUGGAUCGGCCCGCUCUUGUGGUAUGCAUCCACGCCAGACAAGUACAUAACGUCGCUCUACUUUUGCUUCACGACCAUGGUGACGGUCGGGUACGGCGACAUUCUGCUCGUGACGCCGAUCGAAGUCGGCUAUGUGAUCUUCUACAUGCUCCUCGGCGCCUCCGUCUUUGGGUACAUCAUUGGCUCCAUGUCGUCGCUCGUCGAUCAGCUCCAGACGCGCGGCGUCGUCGCCAAGGAGAAGACGGACCGCGUCAAGGACUAUAUGAAGGAGCGCAAGCUGCCCAAGGCGCUCUGCACGCGCAUUCGCCGGUACUAUGAAUUCUACUUGGCACAACAAGACGACGGAACCGAGCUCUUGAGUGACCUCUCGGACGACCUCCGGACGCAGCUCGUUUUGUAUUUGAACCGCGACGUGGUCUCCAAGAUCCCGUUCUUUGCGCGCCAAGACGACGCGUGCAUCUCGUACCUCAUGGGCAUUCUGUACCAAGAAUAUUGCACGCCCUGCGAAUAUGUCUUCCACGAAGGCGAGUACGGUCGACACAUGUAUUUUCUCGUCAAAGGCACGGUCGAGGUGCUCAUUCAUGCCGGCACGCCGUCCGAAAUGCUCUGCAAGGUCUUGACCGAGGGCUCGUUCUUCGGCGAGCUCGCCAUGCUCCUGAGCUGCAAGCGCUGUGCGAGCAUUCGCGCCAAAACGUUUGGCAUUCUCUACGUUCUUAGCCGGAGUGGCAUGGACCACAUCCACGCCCACUACCCCGAGAUCUCCAACAUGAUCAUGGCCGAGAUCAAGCUCAAAUUGCACAAGAUCCAGGAAGAGACCGUCGAACGCAUGGAGCGCAAGAACGUCGCCAACCACCUUCCGAGCCGGAAGACGUCGCUCACGACCGACACGGAGCUCCUUGAGGCCUUUGCGAUGAUCGACGGUGUCGCGACCGACCUCACGCGCUUCUAUGGCGGCGGCGAGACGGCCAAACACCGCGCGGUCGCGGCCGUCAUCAACCGCCUCAAGAAGUUCGACUUUGAAGCGCACAUGGAGCCCUCCAAAGAGCCGCCGUCGCCCGAGCCCAAGGCCAAGGACGCGUUCAUACGCAUUGGCAAAAAGGUGAUUCAACUCAACGCGUUCGUGACGCAAGCGCGCAAGACGCGGCGCGAGAGCACGACGCGCGUCUUUAGCUCGAUCCCGACCCACGUCGACGAGAUGUCCCAGCUCCCGGGCGCCAAGCGCUUGCUCGAGCCGUCCACCGACAUCGCCGGACCCGACGCCCACCACUCGGGGCGCUCCGAGACCUAAUCCCUCUCGCCGCCCCGUCGCUCUCGGUUCCGAGACCCCACCACAAGAACCUUCUUGCGCGUCGGUAGCGGUCGCUUCUUCUUCCUCGUCAUCGUCGACGUCCUGGUCGUGCUUGCGUGGCGGCAUGGUCAUCGUCAUCGUCAUCUUCCUCCUUUAUAUGUCUACCUCGUCCUCUCCAUCCUCCGCCAUGUCAACCUCGUCCUCUCAUCCUCAACCUCGUUCGUCGUCGUCGUCCUUGUCGUUGGCAGCGAAAUGGGUAUCCCAAUAAAGUGCGGUUGGCCAAGCG